AUGAAAGCCUCACUGAAAUUUCGUGAAGACCAAAACCCAAUAUUUAGAGGCAAAGUGCCGCUAAACAUCUUAGGCUUACCAUUCCAAUCAGGAAUUAUAGCCGGUGAAUCCAAAGAACUUUCUUUAAAUCUCUCUACUUUCUUUGAAUCAGGACCCUCCUUAAAAAUCUCUUACCGGCCUAAUGACACGUGGAACCCGUUCUCCCUCGUUAUCAAAACCGGAACCGGUCCGUUCGGUUCUCCGGUUUCUAGCUCUAUGAUUAUGAGUGCAGAAUUCAAUUUAUUGAAUAAAGGUAAUAAUAAUAUAAACCCUAGCUUUAUGCUUCACUUCAAGCCUCAAUUUGGGGAUUUUUCUAUUAAGAAAUCGCAGUCGUCGAGUCACGUGAUUGAAGCAACGAGGUCGAUUCAGCACGGUGGCGUUUCUUCUGAUGAUGAUGGAUCGAUUGAGGUCGUUGAUGCUACGCCUCCGAAUCCGAAUCCGAAACCGACUCCGGCUGUGGUUAAUGGCGUGUUUUGUGGGAAGAGGAUUACGGUUUUGUCACCUAUGACUGCGAGUGCGGUUGCGGGGGUUUUUUCUGGUGUGGAAGUUGCGGCGAAGACGAGGUUGCCUGUGAGGAGUAAAGCGGUGGUGAGUUUCCGGUGGGGAGUUCGGGUUCCGGCUGAGAUCAAGAAUCGCGAAUCAACGGCUGGGAUCAAUUUUAGGAAGAUACCGUUUCUGGUGAUGAAUAAGGUUGGGAUUGAACACGUGGAUGGUAGAGAUGAGAGAAGUAAGAAAGAGGGGACCACAGGGAAGGUGGGGAUGGAUUUGGGGAACGCUGACGUGGCAGAGGCGUGUUUGGGUUUGAAAAGGCAAUUAGAGGUUUUGCAAAGUGAGAAUGGGCAUUUGAAGAAAGCAGUGGAGGAAUUGAGGGAAGAAAUUGGUGGAGGGAAAUUAUUAACUGGGGAUUUGAAUUCUGGGAAAUAUGAGAGAAGUGGAAUUAAAAGCCCGAGUAGUGGUAAUUAUAAAAUUGAUAGGAGAACGAAUGAGAAGAAAUCAAUGGAAGGAGAUGUGAAUGAAGAGUUGAAGAAGGCAUUGAAGGGAGCUACCGGUGUUGGUGGUGCUUGA